AUGUCUGACGACGAGUACGGCGGCGGUGGCGGAGACUCUUAUGACUAUGGAGGGGGCGGGUUUGGCGAGGAGACCUUCGACCAAGACUACGAUUUUGCUCAGCAAGAAGGAGAGGGAGGCGACGGCGAUGUGACAAUGAAUGGCACUGGGGAGGGUGGCGACGCGAACGGCGACGCACAGCCGGCGAGUGGAGGAGCAGGACCGGACGCGGGCGCAGUACCAGAACGGCAACCCAAUAAGGAGCGAAUCACAACACCGUAUCUGACCAAAUACGAACGAGCGCGUAUCCUGGGCACUCGUGCGCUGCAAAUCAGCAUGAACGCACCCAUCCUCGUGCCGCUCGACGGAGAGACAGAUGCCCUGCAGAUCGCCAUCAAGGAGCUCUCCCAACGAAAAAUCCCGCUUAUCAUUCGACGCUACCUACCUGACGGCAGCUUCGAGGACUGGAGGGUGUCCGAACUCAUCUGCGACUGA